GUGGUGCUCGACAUGCAGCGCUCGUCGACUAAGAUUCUUUGACUGAAACAAAAAAAAAAGAAAAAAAAAAGGGCAAUUCAGGGAAAAUAUUGCUCUCAAAGUCUGAAGGAAAUAUUCCCAGACCCGUUGCUUCGAAGUCUUAAAGGUUGUUAAUGCCGACUCUCUAUUCUUGAUUAUGGCCUCUCUCUGCCACUGCAACUAUCAACUGGAUCGAAGUUGCAAAAAUUUUCAAUUACCAAUUACGGUCGCCUUUUACAUGCUCUGCUUCCUCCGAAGGAGGAAUGUAAAGUGCAACUAAUCUCUGCACAUUCCUAUUUCUAUGCUGCAAUCUCUCUGCAUGUUCCUUGCUUGGAGCGUUCGGAAACUCCACUCAUGCAGUGUUAAUCUAUACUUCAUUUAAAUGGUUAAACCGAAGCGCAAAAAGCUAGGGGCAAUUGCUCCAAACCACACCACAGUGUCGAAGGGGUUGCAGCCUCAAAACUCAGAACUCAAUGCAGAGUCAGAAGAAGAGAAUGAUUGGGUUAAAGUAAAAAAACAAAGAAUCACAAUUUUGCUUCCCCCUUUACCAGUAAGUGCAAAACCACCUCCUCAAGCCUCAAGAAACAAGAUCACAAGAGCCAGAUCGAGAACUGCUAAGAAUAGACCCAAAACUGCAAGCAAACAUGUAAAAAAGGAUCUUAGCAUUAAAGAGAAGAAAUCCAAGGUGGGUUAUUUGGAAGGGGCAAAAUCGCUUAGAAAUGAGCAAACAAAGUCUUCUGAAAUCCACAUUAGAGAAGCAUCAAUUAAUCCCUCAGCAAAGCAGCCAUUAUUGACAGGUGGAUCAGCCAAAGUAAGGAGAAUAACACAAGAAGCAAAUAGGAGGAUAGGUAUUGGUGAAAGUAUACCACCUUCUCCACAUCUUAAGCUCCGCAAUGGUGAUGCCUUGGUUUCAGAAGUAAAAUGUUGGAAUCCUAGAUCACAGAAGAAUAUUAUAGGAUUGCGAAAAGAAAGCACUCUACCAAAAUCAGUGAAUCAUGGGUUUCCUGGUUCUUGCCCAUGCAUUUAUGAGCGCAGAGAAGUUAGUGGGGGUCCAGACUUCAUCAAUAUAGGUGCUUUGGACAACCAGAGUAGGCGAGUGCAGAACAUUGAAAGGAAGCUUGAAAGGGCUGGGGGUAUGAGCAAAUGGCUUUCAUCACUGGGCUUGGACCGGUUUGUUGAGCUGUUCCACACACAAAAGAUUGAUGGGAUUCAGUUGUUGGAGUUAACCAUGGCCAAGCUAAAAGACAUGGGUGCAAAUGCUGUUGGACCAAGGAGAAAACUGAUACAUGCAAUUGAUAAUCUUAGCCAGCCGUAUUAUUACAAGGCAUCUAAUGCCUAAUAUAUCCUGAUAUGCGUCCCAAUGUGAUACGAAUCAGAUCUCAAAUGGUAACCGUUUUUGCCUUCUCCCUGUGUACAUAUGAAUUGUCAAUGUAAAAAGGUUUUUUAUACGAUCGAUUAUGAUUCCUUAUAA